AGGAGCGGAGAGGAAACGGCUGGCAUGUCCUCCAUGGAUCCCGGGCCAUUCCAUCACGGGGGACCAGGUCCCUCCUCCACCCGCCCGUGGCAGCUCCCAAGGCUUCUCAUCUUGGACGGCACCUUCCCCUCGUGGGCCGACGUCCAUUCCAACGUCUGCGAGGCCCUGCUGAAUUUCUUCUCGCUGGCCUGCAGCUUGGCCGGCCCCAGCCGGAUCCAGCUGCUCGGCAUCAACGUGGCGCGGGAUCAGGUCGAGUGCAUACUUCCUUUUGCGGAGGUGAAGGGGAAUUUUCCUCGCCUCCAGGCCAGCGUGACCGAGCUGCGGAGCCUGCCGAGGGAAGAAGGACGCGCCGGGCCGGGGGGAGAGCGUCUGCGGUCGGCGGUGCAGGACGGGCUGCGGCAGUUCGAGCAGUACAACAGGCACAGGCUGGUCUGCGGUUCCCUCAACAGCAGCACCUUGGAGAUUACGGUUUUGACCCGUCAGCCGGGAAAACGGAUCGUGGAUGAACUGGAGAGGGGCCUUCGAGACGUAAACGUGGACAACCUUCGUCGGCUCCAAGUCAUUGAGAUUUCCAAGGGAGAAGCCCGAGAGCCUGACGAGGAUGAGGAGUGGAGUCCUCUCCUUACGGAGCAGACUGGCAGCCCGGAAAGCCUGACCCUGGGGUCGAUCAUCGACCUGCAGAUGGUGGACAACGAGGUGGUCAGCCUGGAGAUGUUCUUCAAGUCUUGGCUGCAAGACCAAGGGGUUGACCGAGAGCACCUCCAUCUCAUCCUGCCCGCCGCCUCCGCCCCGUCGGCCGGCCCCGGGGCGGCCAACAAUCCGGUCCGCCUGAAAUGCGACAUUCAGGAGCGGAUGCUCAGCCCAUCCCUGCUCUCCGGACCUGCUAACGGCCCAGGGAGGAAAACCGGCCUCGGAGAGAAAUUCCCGGCCCCCUACGAGAUCGCGGCCCACCCAGGAGCGCCGCUUUACCAACUCCACGUGAUAAGGGCUCUGCGAUACAGAGGGGUGUGCGAAUCGGUGCUCUAUGGGCUCCCGCACAUCCUCCGCCCCACUGGCUGCUGGCAACUCGACUGGGACGAGCUAGAGGAGAACCAACAUCGCUUCCACGCUCUGUGCCACACUCUGCUGAAAAGGGGCUGGCUGCUUCUGGCCGAGAGCCAAUUCCGGUUCCCGGGGAGCGGCCUCCGGGACCCUUCCCUCGGCUCCUUCUACGUGAUCCUCCCUUCCAACUCCUUCACGCUCCUGGUGAAGGCCGUGGCCUCCAGGGAACUCCUGCUGCCCUGCCCUUUUCCCGCUCUUCCGGACGAUCCCGAAGCCACCGCGCUCAGCCACGUGGAGAGUGCCCUGGAUGCCUUGUUGGUGGAGCCCACCUACAACCCCCGGCAGGCCGUGACUCACCUGUACCUGCACCUGAGGAGGAAACUCACCAAGACCCCCAGGUCCCGGUCGCUUGCCCAGCGCAGGGAGCGGCAGUCAUCCGAGCAGGCCCCUCCGGCCCAGCCCAAGAGAGCCCGGGCCACGGUCAUCCCCCUGCUCAAGACCUCCGCGGUUUCCUCCUCCUCGCUUCCCGGGCCGCCCGCGGGGCCGAAGUCUUCCUCGGAGCCACCCCUCUUCUCCAAAGAGGAUGAGGAAUUUCUCCUGGGGAUGUAGCUCCCCCCGACCACUCCCUCCCCGCCCGUCCCCCCCCUUCCGCUAAGAGGCCGAGAGGCCCGAGGUUUGCUCACUGUUUCCCGAGCGGCGUUCCAGAGAGCCCGUCCGUCAUCACUCGCGACCGCUGGGCCUUGUCCUCCCUCGGCCCGGACUCCUGACUCACAUCCCUCCGCUUCCACCCACCCCCGGCUCUCGGUUUCCGAUCCCCGGGGGCCCCGGUACCGAAGGCCCAGUUGGCCGCACUCCAGCGUUAGACCGCUCCCGAUCCCCUGGACCACCCGAACCCCGCUCCCUCUCUCCCUCCCACCUCAUCCUUCAUAGCGGGGACCCCUCUCCGAAGGCCUUCCUCGGCCGCUGGCCACGGCAGAUUCCUUCCCCAUUUCCAAAAGUCC